UGAACCUCCUCUCCCUUCUUCCCCUCCUCCUCUCUGCUCCAGGAGCUCUGAUUUUUUCAAGAAAUUGGAAAAUGGCUAUUUCUGAUGAGAACAAUUCUGUUCAGAUUAGACCAGCUAAUGUUCAACAAGGUGGGGGAGAAAUGGAAGGGAGGAAGUUUGGAGGUGAGAUCAAAGCUAACAGAAGAGCUCUUGGUGUGAUUAAUCAGAAUCAAUUUUGUGUUGUCAACAAGAGAGGCUUUGCAGAGUCUAAUGGGGUUUGUGAUAAGAAUGGUCCAGUGCCAGCACAUAGGCCAAUCACAAGGAAAUAUGCUGCUCAAAUGGCAGUCUCGCAGCAUCAAUGCCCUGAGGAAUCUAAGAGGUCAAAGACAUCAUCAUCAGGCAUUGAGUUCACAGUGUGGGAGGAUGUCCCUUUGACAGAUGCAGAUGAUAAUGUGGCAGAUAAAGACCAGCCUAUGCCUAUGUCGUUGGAGAAAUCAAAAUCGGAGAUCGAAAAGGAUCAAAUGGAGGUUGAAAUGGAAGACAUAUUCGAAGAGACUGUUUUGGACAUCGACGGUGGCGACCCGAAGGAUCCGCUUGCUGUCGUGGACUACAUUGAAGAUCUGUAUGCCUCUUACAAGAAAAUGGAGAGUUCAAGCUGUGUUUCACCAUGUUACAUGUCACAACAAUUUGACAUAAAUGAGAGAAUGAGGGCUAUUCUCAUUGACUGGCUCAUAGAGGUGCACCACAAAUUCGAGCUACGAGAAGAGACAUUGUUUCUUACGGUUAAUCUAAUUGAUCGGUUCUUGGAGAAGCAAUCCGUGGUGAGGAAGAAGCUGCAGCUAGUCGGCCUGGUCGCCUUGCUUCUCGCCUGCAAAUACGAGGAAGUCUCGGUCCCUGUUGUCGAUGAUCUGGUCUUCAUCUCGGACAAAGCUUAUACAAGGAAGGAAGUUCUUGAAAUGGAGAGGUUGAUGCUGAACACAUUGCAUUUCAACAUGUCUGUCCCAACUCCUUUUGUUUUCAUGAGGCGAUUCCUCAAAGCCGCUCAAUCAGACAAGAAGCUUGAGAUGCUCUCACUUUUCUUGAUUGAGCUAUGCCAAGUGGAGUACGAGAUGCUCAAGUAUCCGCCCUCGUUUGUCGUGGCUGCUGCCAUAUACACGGCCCAGUCGACGCUCUACGGUGGCGGGCAGUGGAGCAAGACUUGCCAGUGGCACACAGGCUACUCAGAAGAGCAACUAUUGGAAUGCUCGAGGCUGGUGGUGGGGCUGCACGAGGGGGCCGGGACGGGGAAGCUGACCGGGGUUCACAGAAAGUACAACACAUCUAAAUAUGGAUAUGCAGCGAGAUGUGAACCAGCACAUUUUCUUCUUGUACAGGCUAACCAAACUAGUUAGUACAUGUGAUUGAUUUGGAGUGAAAUUUAAUUAGGGGGCACUGCACUAGUUGUUGAGAUUAAUUAGAGUUUAAUGAUAGAGAAAUUAAAUAACCAGGUUAGCAGCAACUUUGAGUUGGGAUUAAUUGCCAAUUAUUCAUUCUGAUUCGAACAAGUGUAGAAACUCUGCACUUUCUGAUUGUUAUUACUUAUUACAUUUGAUUGGGAAAUAAAUACCAUCUCUUUUGUUA